AUGCCCUUGGACUUCCGCAGACGCUAUGAGAACUACAUCGAGAUCUGGGAUCCUAUCGUGUAUGCGCUUUGGGCACUGCGUCUCACUACAUUGAAAGCGAUCAAACGGGAUGGAAUCGCUGCUCUUACCUCUUUCCCGAAGCUUCUUGCCGAAGGAUUCGCCCUUUGGUACAGGACCUUGAAUACUCACUUCGUCCGUUUUGAAAACACAACCGCACUUCCCACUCUGGUUGGCUCGGCCGAGGGCAUCGUUCUAGAGUUAGGGCCAGGACUCGGAAACCAGCUUCCACGAUUGAAUCAGGACAAAGUGGAGCACAUAUAUGGAAUAGAGUCCAAUGAGUUCUUCAUCCCUGAACUGCGAGACAAGGUGGUGGAAUGUGGACUUGUAGACAAGUACACAGUUCUUGCCGCCGGUGUGGAAGAUACCAAUGUGCUGGAGAAGAGUGGCGUUGACUAUGAGACCGUCGACACCAUCCUCAGUGUUCAAGUGUUGUGCUCGGUCAAUGACCCAGAAGCAGUUGCCAAGGAUCUUUAUAAGGUUUUGAAGCCAGGAGACUACACAGGCCUAUGGAACCGUACAUGGUCCUGCCUCAUUGGAGGAUGUAACAUGAAUCGCGACAUUCUGUCGAUACUUAGAGGCGCUGGGGAAUGGGAGGGAUUCGGCACCCUCGAUGGUGAUGAAGAACCUUGGAGUGUCCUCCCAAGGACAUGGGGGACUCUGGUCAAGCCGAUUAAGAGAUUCAGUUGA